AUGUGCGAAAAAAUAGACAAGCAAGAUCAGCUUUCCACUCCUCUGUCAAGGGCCCGGGAGCUUCUUGUCAGCGAACAUUUCAAAGAUUACGAGCAAGCGGCAGAAUUAUUGAAACAAGCGUUACAAGAAACAUCGAACAAAGAUGUGGAGGCGGAAAUUUGCGGCGAACUUGCAGAACUGCUCUUUCUAAUGGAUAGUUAUGACACUUCUCUAUGCUAUGGGCAGAAGUGUCUUUCCCUUUCUAAAGAGGCUGAUCGUAAAGGUCUUGAAGCAUUAGCGUAUUCCUGUGUUGGAAGUGCCUAUUCCAAAUUAGGAGACUUGCGAAAGGGCCUCGAAUGUCAUAUGAAGUCCUUAGAUGCUAAUUCUACGACUGGAGACCUGAGGCAAAAGUGGAAAUGUCUGCAUAAUCUAGGCAUCACCUUCACAGACCUUGGUGACAACGCAAAUGCCACAAAAUACUUUAAAGAAAGUCUUGCAGUUGCUACCGAAAUUGGCGAUGAUAAGGUAGCAAUAGCUGAGUCCCAUGGUGGUCUGGGUAUCGUGUUUUACAAGACGAGGCAAUACCCAGAAUCCAUUUUCCACAACGAGAAGCAUCUGGCGCUGGCCAAAGAAGCCCAUAAGAAGAGAAGUCAGGCUAAGGCCUGUGGAAAUCUUGGCAAUGUUUUCUUAUCCAAGGGAGAUUAUAUCAGAGCCCGUGCACUAUAUCAAGAGCAGCUCGAAAUUUCCAAAGAAACAGGGGACAGGUCUACCGAGGGAAAUGCAUUGGGGGCUCUUGGCAAUGUCUACCAUUGUCGUGGUCUAACAAGAAGAGCGAUUGAAUCUUAUGAAGCCCAACUGUCUAUCGCAAAUCGCUUGAACGACAAGGCAGCACAGGCAAUUGCCAUUGGAAGAAUUGGAAGAGCGCAACACUCCCUCGGACAAAACAGAAAGGCGCAGAAAAAUCUUGAAAAGCUACUGCAGCUGUCGAAAGAAGUUGGGGAUAAAACCAAUGAGGGCUUUGCGUAUGGUUUCCUUGGAAACACUCACAGGUCACUGGGCAAUUAUGAAGAAGCCAUAAUCAUGCAAAAAAAGUUCUUGGAAAUUUCGAAGUCGAUCGGUGACAAGGCUGCAGAAGGUCUUGCAAAUGCCUACCUGGGAAGCAUAUACUACUCUCUUGGAGACUUUGAAAAGGCGUUACACCAUCACCAAAUCAAUCUCGCAAUAAAUAAGGAACUGGCGAAUAAAGGCGGAGAAGGAAGGUCGGUUGAGAAGGUAGGCAACAUUUAUUUCGAGCUUGGAAAUUACAACAAGGCAAUCGAAUGUUACGAGAACAGCCUCAGCAUCGCCAUAGCUAUAAAAGAUAAGCCUCUUGAAGGUGCCUCGUACGCCAAUCUGGGAAAUGCUUUUCAGGCCCUUGGAAUGUAUUCAGAAGCUGUGGUGAUAUACGAAAAAGCCGUGCCUUACGCUAAAGAAGUCGGAGACAAGCGUAUGGAGGGUCAGAUGCUUGGAAAUCUAGGAACUGCUUACAAUCGAAUUGGAGAGCAUAAAAAAGAGCUUGAGUGCCAUAAGAGACAUCUUUCACUCUGUGAAGAGUUGGAGGAAAAGCAAGGAGAAGCAACCGCCCACGGCAACAUUGGGAUGGUCAAUUAUCGCAUGGAAAAUUUCAAGGAAGCCAUUUACCAUAACGAAAAGCAAAUCUCUAUUUCGCGCUCACUAGGAGAAAUAGAUGGUGAAAUGGUAGGGUGCCUGAAUCUUGGAAAGGUUUACUGGAAAUUGGAUAAACUGCCAGAGGCAAUUGAAUAUCAGAAAGAGGCUUUGUAUUUCGCCGAGAAGAUGAAAAGCCUAGACAAGAUGGGUUCCUGUCACUAUGACCUUGGCGUUUCGUAUUCAAAAUUGAAGGAGUUCGAAAUGGCCUGCAGCCACUUGGAACAAUGCACCGAAUUGUAUGCGGAAGUAAGACAGCUUCUCUUUGGAAAAGAUAUAUACAAAAUUUCAUUAAGUGACGUGCAGGCCAGUGCUUAUCGUCUCUAUACCCGGUGUCUUCUCCAGCAAGAUAAAGAUGAAGAAGCAUUACUAGUCACCGAGCGUGCACGUUCCGCAGCUCUUGCUGACAUGAUGGUGGUAUCAUAUGGUCUACACGACCCAAAAGACGGGAAAAGAGAGGUCCUCAGCGGAGGAAGCAUGCGUGAAGUUGUUUCCCUAGUAGGAGGACAGGUAUUCUAUUAUGCUCUGUCUGGUACUGGAAAGGAAAAUGUGUUCUUAUGGAACCUAAAAUCAAAUAGCGCUCCAAAGUUCGUGGGCGAGGUUACCGACUGGAAGAGUCUGUUAGACGAAGCACUCGUUGAAAUCCACAUUAAGGGUAAUACAGCAAGAUGCGAAGAUCGCUCAUUACCAUCGAGAGAAAACCGACGUAUUCGUCAGAAUCAAGAGAUCGACCAAGAAGUAGAAAAGGUAGAUGAAGACCUGUUGAGCUGCCUUCCUACUAAGCGCAUCACCCCAACAGAUCGAUCAAGUGCACUGGGGAAACUCUAUGAUCUAUUGUUUUGUUGCAAGUCACCUGAUCAAGAAGCCACAGAUCUUAUCAUUGCUCCCGAUGCAGAGCUCCAUAGGAUUCCCUUCGCAGCCCUCCGAGAUGAAAACAACCAAACCCUCGCGGAGAAACAUAGAAUCAGAGUAUUACCAUCCUUGACAAUCAUGAAAGCGAUUUUUGAUUGUCCAGCCAAUUAUCAUAAUCAGAAGGGAGCUGUAAUUGUUGGGGAUCCAGAUGUUGGGUCAGUGUUAAUCAAAGCAACAAAGAAACCAAAGCUAAUCACACGACUAGAGCAUGCCCACAAAGAAGCUGAAGAAAUUGCCAGAAUGGUUGGAGUUAAUCCCCUUCUGGGAGAGAAAGCUACAAAAGCUCGUUUCCUAGAAAAACUAAGGACGGCGGCGUUAGUCCAUAUCGCAGCGCAUGGAAACUCUGGAACAGGCGAGAUUGCAUUUGCUCCUCCUCCACAAAAGCGCAAGCCAGAACUUGAUGAGGAAGAUGUAUUCCUUACAAUGGCCGAAGUGCAAAAAGCCAAAGUGCGAGCCAAACUGGUUGUUCUCAGCUGCUGCCACAGUGCAGAGGGAACCAUUCGUGCCGAAGGUGUCAUUGGAAUGGCUCGAGCGUUUCUUGGUGCGGGAGCGAGGUCAGUUCUAGGUACCCUCUGGGCCAUUGAUGACAACGCUACCUUAGAAUUCAUGCGCAACUUUUAUCAGCAUUUAAAACUCGGGGAGAAGGCAAGUGAAGCUGUUUAUCAGGCCACAGCUGCUCUCAGACGCUCAGAAGAAUUUCAAUCCCCAUAUUACUGGGCCCCCUUUGUCCUCAUUGGAGAUGACGUCACCUUUGAGAACUUUGAACAAAUGUAGCAAGAACAUCUGUAAGGUAAGUUAACUGAUUUCCCUUGGUAAUCAAUUUGAUGGCCAGCUUCGUUAAUUAAUUAAUUAAUUUUGCUGGUUGUGUUUAGGCCAGAACAUUUAACUAGCACUCCCCAGCCGUAUACCUGACUGCGAAAGAACCUUUUGAAAACCCUGACAAAAAGCUGGGAGAGACUACGAUGGUCGGGUAAUCCAUCUAGGGGGAAUUAGGAUGCUAUGGUAAUUUGUGGAUGAUGUAUAGGCCUGUUCUGGUUUUCGUAGACAAAGAAUCUGAGCAGUGAGACGUUAUUAUAAAAUGAGUUUAUCCGCGUUCUAUAGCCUUUUAGGACUGAUUUUACUAGCGGUAUUGGAUGUUUCCCCGUCCUCUCAAACUAUCUUCCUUGCAGGCGAUACGAUAAUGUUUAGUCCAUAUCUUAGUGGUAUUUAAACAGACUUUAACUGAAAUAGGAAUGAGGGAGAAGAUUUUUCAUAGGCUGCCGGUGGGAAGUUUGAAAUUUUUCUGUUGCUUAUUCCAAACUAAAUCUUUCUUUUUCCAGGAGAAGGCAAGAAGAAGGCAAGAUCAAAACUCUUCUGAAAACAUUAUGUAAAAAAUUUGGAACUAUUCUUACUUAGUGCUCCAAGUUAAAUACAAACUAGCAACUGGUAAAUGACACCACUAGCAAAUGACACCAAUUUAUAUCAAAGAACGAUUUGUAACAUUGUAACAAAGUACAGUACAAUGUACUGACGCAAUUACUUACACACGCAAACAAUAGAGUUUACCUCAGGUUGACAAAAUGCGCUCGAAAGAUCUAGAAUCCAAAUUGAACCGAGCCAACAGAAAACAGAUUACGCACGAUAAUCAAUAGCACAUAUACUUUUAGUUUAAACAUAACUAUAGAUCAUUUUCACAUGAGGUCACGGCGGCCAUAUUUGCGUACAAAACAAUGCCUCGGCGGCCAUGUUUGUGUACGAAAAAAAUCCUGUGGGAAUCGAACUCUUUUCACAGUUUAAAACUUUCUUUUAUUCCCUGCAAUUUGCAAAGCCGCUGACCACGUGACUGAAAAUGAUCUAUUGUUAAAGCCCACAACCUCCAAGAGACUGCGAUAAAACGUCUUUUCACAGCAUAUAAAAAUGGUUGUAACACAAGGGUAAUAGCAAAACAACCUUAGGUGAGCGUGUGAAAGGGUUAGGGUUAGGAUGUAAAUCGCGGACUUGGCACUCAUUUAAGGUGUUCAGGACGAAACGCCAAUAUUUUUAGAUAUCAAGUUGUUGUUUACUGUUGCACCAGAAAAAGAACGCCGAUGUUUUGUUCUGGUGACCGAAGUCGAUGAGGUUAAAGUUUAUGGUAGCAUAAGCUGAUGUUAAUAAACCCGAAAAUUAUGCCCUAUAAAAGCACAUAUUGACCUACUAGCUACAAUUAUAUCUCUGUUCUUUUGUCACAUAACGUUCGACAUUUGAAUAAGCUUUUGUACUAAGUAACGGUAGAUACUAGUUCAAAGUACAAGAAAGAAAAAUGAGCAAUGGCAAAGUCCACUGUAACUUAGCACCAUAUAUUCUCUAGAGUCCACAAAGGCUCCAUUUAUUACAUCACAUCAGAGGCGGAUCCAGGAUUUUUUUUAGGAGGGGGUGCACUCGUCUCUUGCUCUACAACACCAAUAAACCACAUAGUUUUUUUUUUUUUUGCAGAAUACCAGUUGUAUUAGAAAACCGCAAGUCAUCACAGGGAGGGGGGGGGGAAGGGCGCACCCCCUGCACCCUCCCCCUAGAUCCGCCCCUGCACAUGCUCAUCAUGCACAUGUGCUCCUCUUUUUGUCGUGCAUUGUCCUUUCCCAGUCAGUAAGGCUUCGGUUCAUUCACAACAGCGUUUUUUCCCUCCCAUUCCCCUUUGUUCUGAUUGGAACCUUUGUUUAGCUCGUUCUGCUCACUAUAUAUUUAGCUCGACCAGAAUGUAUAUCAGCUAGCCUGUUCCAGGCGUUCCGAUAGUAGAGCGGGGCGGUAAGUGGGGAGCGAGUUAAGUUGUACACCGGGAAAACGGGGUGAGGGGGACGCGUGAGAUCAUUUAUGGAAGUCCAGAAAGGCAAAAAAAUCUUAUUUGAAAGGUUAUUUAGCCACAAUAAAAAGAUUAAUGCUUUAACCGAGGUCAAAGAAAAUCAGUACUUAACUGCAUCUGGAAUCAAAUUCUUUCAGAAACAAGCCGCAGGAAAUAAUUGCCGAGUAUGCAUGACUGACCGCCUAAAUGUUAGACUCAGAGCGACAGAAAUUAGAUUUGCUUAGUUAAAAGAAGGAAACCCUCUGAUGUUGUUUAUUGAAAGCUAACUGAAAGGUCACGUUUCACACUAUCACGAGCUUAUGGCUCGCGUCUAGGCUGUCAGAACUUUGUAGUUCAUGUCACAGUUACCUGGUCGGCGGUCAAUUAAAGGGGGAAAGAGCUCUGUAAGGAAAUGUUUACAGGCGUUCUCUCCCCCUUUCCCCCUCUAGUCUCCCCUCGUUUUUUUUUCUUCGUGAAUUUUUCCCUCGCGCCCUACUAUCCGAACGCCUGGAACAGGCUAGUAUAUCAACCAGAUCAUUAUUUUACUCCUCUACAUCUAUAUGUACCUUUAAAAUUAAUCAUUUAUAUUAUGUUAUUAAACUGGACUGGGUCUCAUUCCUCUGUUAGGUUCCUGGGUUGUGGAACUACUGUCUUGCUUCCCUAUAAAAGUAGUAACAGGGAAGUGCAACCCCUGGCUGCACUUUAUCCCACAGCAAGGCUAAGCCCUUGUGGACAGGUCCGGGAAAAUAUCCACUCCAGGGUGUAGACCCCCGGACCCACCUGAUCUGUACUCCAUCCAGGAGGGUCACCCUUCCUCGUUCCCCUUAGUUCCUAGUGACUGGGGGAUAUGGGCCUAACCCCCGGAGACUGAUCAGGACUCCUGUCCGGGCGGGCUACCCCCGGUACCACACGAUUUUGUCUCCCUCCGGGAGGGCUUCUCUCCUGGUCCCCUUACCCCUAGACUUGAGCACUUCCCUGCCACAAGAAUUUUUCCCAUUACUUUCUGUAUGUUCUCUGUGUGGUACCUGGCAUAGAACCUUUAUGCGAAACAACUGCCAAUUGGAAGAGUUUAUUAAGAAGGAAAUUUUUAGUAUCCUAACAACUGUUUCCAAAAAUCAUGAUAACCCUUACUUUUCCGCUGUUUUAAAGUGGUAUCUAUUAAGGGUCAAAUAAAGUUCGAGCCAUCCAAAAUUUCUCUGAAGCAUGACAAAAUUCAGGUAACGUGUUUCUUUGCUUGACUCAAACGCGUGUAAAUUCUCCAUUUGGAAAAGACGUAAUGACGUAAUGCUUUAAAGAGUUAAAACUCUUUGUAUGUAACAGAUAUGGUCCAAACCCUCCCCAAUUUGAGAUAAUAUUACGUUUUCCCUCACUUUGACGCCCUAACUCACAUGGUGGUUCGUGUGAUCUCGUGUGUCCUCGGCGUUAAUCUUUCAAACGUUUGCUGAGCGCGCCGGUCCGCAUUUCUGUCUUCGUAAAGCGUUAAUCUUUCAAAAGUUUGCUGAAUCUUCGUAAAGCGUACAUAUUUCAAGAGUUUGCUAGUUUGCUGAAGGUCUAUUAUCGAUCUGUGUUUGCUGAACUCCAAAGCGUUCAUCUUUCAAAAGUUUCAGCGGCCGUUGUGCCACAAAGUAAAUCUACUGAGUUGUGUAGCUCGGCGGAUGUUGUGUCACAAAGUAAAUCUACCGAGAUGUGAAGCUCGGCGGCGCCAUUUCAUCAUGACUUGUGAUAUUUUCGGCACCGGACAAACGAACAUUUUAGGUCUAUGUUAUUUAUUCGGAAAAAACAAAAACAGCCCACACUAGCUCCACUCAAGUCACUGAAAUUAACACACUCGACCAAAUUACUUUAAUUGUUGACAUGAAAUAUACGACAUCACUAGCCUUCAAGACUUUUUCGUAAUGAUUUACCACUUACAGUUUAAAUAAUAAUAAUAAUAAUAAUAAUAAUAAUUUAUAUAGCGCAAACCUUUAUAUGAAUAUAUUCGGUUGCGCCUUACAAUGUUGUUAUAUUAAAAUUAUGUUUAAGGUGACUAAAGCGUGAGAACUAUUAAAAACUACAAUAAAAAGUAUUAAAAACUAUAAAAAAAACCACAAUAAAAGCCAACAAUUAAAUCUAUUUAAAAGCUAAAUUAAAAAAUGAGUUUUAACAGCAGUCUUAAAAGUGUCCAAUGUCUUCAUGUUGCGAAUUGCCGAAGGUAAUGCAUUCCAGAGAUAAGGUGCAGCUGAUUGGAAUGCACGAUCGCCAAGAGUUGGAUGGGUGUUAAUGCCUGGUAACUCGAGGAAUAUAGUAUCAUUUGACCUUAGAGGGUACCUGGAUUAGAGAAAUAGAGGUUUCGCUGUAAGCAAUCACCUUACGUUUGAAAUAUGCCAUGAACAAAUUAAUCCAUCGCAAUGACCAUCCACCCUUCCCCUCAACUGCUACCCGUGUACGCCCCACCCAAUUUUUAAGGGAAAGGCCCUGGGGACGAGGUUGCAUUCUCAAUUAAAUAAUAUUAGCGUGCAAUAUAAGUAUUCCAUAAAAAAAAUGCACUUUUUAUUUGAGUGUCAAUGUAUUUAGCACGAAAGUGUUAAUUGGGGACACUAUUUUUACGUCUCCUAAUGGAGACGGGACCGCCAUUUUACGUGGUCAUCCGAGCCACGCGAAGGUCUCGCCGCUUGCAGUGCAAAGGAAGUACCUUCAUUUCUCAGUCAUUUUAAGACCAUGAGUAAUGGUCCGGCCCCGGGAUUCGAACCCCGACCUCCCGCUCUGCAGUCAAACGCUCUACCGACUGAGCUAAUCCUGCCAUGUUAUUAUCGUGUUAUUAUCGUGUAAUAACACGGUGUACAACGGGACCACUGCACUCAAUACCUUAUGCUGUCUAACCGUACGAUAAAUAUUUCAUCAGCCAGUAAAUUACUGAGGUGUCAAGUGUCCCUUCCUCUUUUCGUAGAAAACCAGAGUACAGACUACUGAGCGGCCGAUUCGGUCCCAAUCUCCUCGCGGUUUCUCUGCCCUCGCCUGCCUUUUGAGUCCAACCAAAACCGCCAUGCUACACUAACAGGCUAGCCAGUGUAAAUAUAUUGCAAAUCGCUUUACCAACAGACUAUAACGUAUACGUGGCAGUACGGUUCAAUGUCGCUUAUCCUGAAAGACAGGAACCCAAACGCUCGACUCAGACAGAAACCUGUUUUUGCUGGAAUAGGCUCUCGAAGUUUAAUCGAAAAGGUAAACUAAAAUGCUUUGCUAUCUUUCAUUGUCUCGGUUAUUUUAUAAGUGUCACAGUUAGAAACAGCCUUACUUAUUUAAACAACAAAGUAUGAUCCCUUCAUGUGACUAAAACUGGAGUAACCUUUAAAGAUUUCAGUGGUAUUUGGUUGAUAUCAGGAGGCCAUACUCGUUUCAGUUUCCAUCACAUAUUACCAUAUGAAGCAGUAGUAUGAGUUAAACGAUGGAGUAGGAAACCGAAAGAGAACAGAGAGAAAGCCUCCAUUCGUUGAUCAAACUUCCUUAUGGCUCAUUUGAGAGCGUGAGAAGUAAAUCGUCUUGAGCCUCAGUUUAUCGUAAUAUUCUGAUCCGGUGGUCGGCGUAAGUGCGUUUGAGUGCGUGUACAGCACCAAAAGCUCUGAAAUGCAAAGCAAUUUUUGGAGGCCACCGAAGAGAAUCUAGAAAGAAGCAAAGGUGAACAGUUGCUUUCCGGUGAAACAGGUUGGAAUAUAUGCCUACGUAAGUGGUUUGCUUCACUACCGUGGUUGCCAUUGCUUUAGUAUUAACUAGCAUUAACAUCAUCAAAUCUGCCACUUCUUUUUGGGUCUCCAUCUGGCUUUAGUGGCAAAAGUCAAACAGUAUAUAAUUAUAUUGCUUUCCCUAAUACACCUUGUCACGGCUUUCGACGCCAUCUUGGCGCGUAGGCAAACGCUUGAGAAAUUACAGUGUUUGCAUGAGAAUCUAAUUUCGAAUAAUUUCCGUAGAACGGCUGUUCUGAAAAACAUAUGAUUUGCAUACUAAAGCUUCAUUCCUAACGAUUCUACUAAAAAAAUUUGAGGGCGUUAAAUUUACUAGAAGACCUAGAACCACUUUUUAAAUUUCCUAUAGAUCUGUCUGUAAGAGAGUCCCGGGAAAAAUUACAAACAAGCAUGGAGAAAUUUAAGCACAGGUACACCACCCAAAUUUUUUAGCACAAUCCUUUGCUUUGUAGCUUUAAUUUACAAUUGAUAUUUUUUUUCAGAACAGCCGUUUUACGGAAUUAUUCGACAUUCGAUUCUCAUAUAAACACUGUAAUUUCUCAAGCGUUUCUCAAGCUUCUUCCAAACUAGCCUGCGUAGCAGGCGUCGAAAGGGGUAGGGGGUAGGGGAUAGGGAGGAAGGGAAAAAGGGGAGGGGGAUUCCCUUCCCUUUCUCCCUCCCCCCUCCCCCUUCCCUUUUUGCGCCUGCCACGCAGGCUACUUCCAAACUAAAUUUCAAGAUUUGUGUAGCCAGUGAUGAUGUCAGUGCCUUCUGUAUUUUUGUAGCUGAGUAAUCAAGCGCUUGAAGCUGCAGGUUUAAAGGUAUCUCGUUAAAAUUUGUAUUUAUUUUCUCAGAAGGGAAAGGAGUAGAGAAAAACAGCAAAUAAAAAUGUCCGGAGGAUGAGAGAUUUGCCAAAUAUAAUAGCGGAGCUCCCGCGCGCGCUUCGCGCGCGCGCAGCGGAGCACCAUGGGUAAGAAAAUUUGGUAAACUAUCCAUCCCAGAAAAAUUGGUUAUGACGUAGCGUACGUCCGUCCGUACGGACUUUCCGGGUAGUGGAAAGUAGUCCGCAUGGACUCUUGGGGUAGGGGAAAGUACAGAUUUUUUUGGUGGGAAAUCGCAUGGCGCAACGUCGCGCAAUUAUAUCGCGCAACUGGUUUUGGAAAAAAGAAAGCAAGUAGAAAGAGUCAGAGCGAGAAGAAGGAGAGAAAAUUAUAGUGAAAAACGCCGGCAAGUAGAACGAGACAGAGCUAGAAUGAACAGACAAAGGCAACGCGAAAGAGAAAUACAAAGGCAAAGAGAACGGCAGCAAAAUAAUGACAUGAUGACAGAAAGUGUUGUGUUAAUGUCACUAUGGCCCGGCGCUAUUAACAUUUUGAUUUCAAACUGAUCUCGGACUCGAAAAUUCAGCCAGUCAUUUAAAAAUACAAGCAGGGAAGACAGAGGCUUUUCACUUUUCUCACCAUAGACACGCGUUGAUCACGCUCUACGACCGUCCAAUUUUUAUGCUCUGAUUGGUCAAAAUUUGACAGGUGAGUUCAUGCAGAGAAUUUAUACAGCAUCUUGAAACUUGUUUACUUUCAGUUUGACAGCUGAAGCUGACAGAGUAUUUUGUCAACUUGUGAUGUUUUUUACUGUCUUUUUCCACUGGAUGCUUAAAAUGAAAUACAGCUGCUAUCAACAGUCUUCUUUGAUUCAUGGCUAGCCUGACUUUCAUCCGAUUACUUCGAGUCGUUAUUACUCCCUCAGUAACGUCUGAAUCGACCGGCCGUUAAUGCCGUCCAGUGACGUCACUACUCCUUGACCUUUGCUUUAAUUCAUGCAAAAAGCAAAACACGAUUUUCAAGUGGCAAACCGAGAAAUAUCGUUUGAAAAUGUCUGCAUGAUACAGAACUGCUUUAUUUUUUUCGAUUGUAAUUCAUGUUUAACGUUCAAACUAUCAACUGCAUGCGGUACAACUCUGAACCGGUUGUACUAAAUUCUAUAAUCAAACUCGGUCGGAAUCACGCAAUGAAAUAAAAACACACACGGAACACUUAGUUCAAAAACACAAUGAUUUGCUUUAAUUGAAAAGAAGCUAUUUGGUCCUUAACGAAGAAAAAAGCAAGAAAGAAAAGCUAACAGAAUCAUCACACUUGACGGUAAAAAUAGCGAGAAGAUCGAAUUAUAACAUUGAUCUCAGAAAACUUUGUGUAAACAAAAUCACCGGCCGCUGAAGCCACAAUAGCGGCUCUGAAUGAAAACUCACCUACCGACUCUCCCCGAUGAUUCUUCAUUCGCAGUUCAAUUUAACAUUUCAGUUUCGAAGACAAGCGCAAUUUUGCUGUUUAAGAUAAAGAUUAAGCUUAUCGAAAUGUUUGAACUAACCGAAAGAAUGCCAGGGAUGCGAUCCGCUGAAUAUCAAAUAACAAUCCCGCUAAAAUUUUUCAUAAUUAUACAUAAUUAUGCGAAUGUUUAGACAAUCAACCAAUCAAAAUCACUACCCGGUUUUCGGGUAGUGAGUGACGUCACUGGACGGCAUUAACGGCUGGUCCAUUCAGACGUUGUUGAGAGGAGAAAACGACUCGAAGCAAUCGGAUGAAUUUCAGGCUAAUUCAUGGCUGGUUUGUUUAUUGAAUUUUUGGUCGGGAAAUGCGCCGGUUGCCAAAGUUGGAAAUCCGAUUUCGGAUGCAUCGCUUUCGUUUUUACCUUGUUGGAUGCGGGUUGAAAAGUCCCUCAAGCGAUUCUGGCCUUACUUUAUAGCUUUCAAGAGCUGCAUCUCGAAUGGUAAGCCUAAGUAAUUAUUGUAUACAGUGUAUGUUUGUUUUUUUAUAUUUAAUUUCAUGAAGUCGAGCGCAGUUUAUCAGGCUAAUUUAUGCACGUUUGUGUUAAGAUCUGAGACAAUGAUCAGAUCUAGUAUAGCUUACAGAACUUUAAAAAGCCUUUAGUCGAUAUUUUCUCUCCGCAUAUAGAACGAAAAAACUUUCCGAAGAGUAUUUAGUUAUAAUUUUGGCUGUAGAAAGAAAGCUUUGAGCGGUUUUCUUGCCUCGAGUUCAUCUUUGAAAACAGUAAACACCAGGAAGCCGGCUAAAAGCUUUAAGCUUAAGCUUAAAGACUCAGUUUUUAGAGACGCUUUAAUACUUGUCUUCGUGAAUGAAAAUUGUUGUCUCUGUAAAUGUUUCACCGAACUACAUUUCUUUUAUUGAUUGUUAGUAGUCUCUUACAAUUUUAAUCGCUUUGCAGUUUGUUUUCAGUCGUUCAUAAACAACGCUUGCAGGAGUACUCAAAAUGCUGCUCGUAUCAAACGCUUUUUAAGAUUGCACAUCAUUAUAAAACCAUUUAAUAAAAAAAAUAAACACAAUAAAUUCUUUAUUAUGUUGAAGCGUAACUCGUUUAAUGUUCACUGAAAAUUUAGCGCUUGUCAAAAGUGAGAACCGGCUGGCUGUAUAAAUGAUUUUGGAAAUUUUUUGAACGGUUUUGCUAAAAGCCCACGAGUGCUUCGUACGGUUCUGAAUAUUGAAUGAGUGCAAUUUGUCUUGAAAAAUUGUGAAAUACUGCAUUUUGUCUGAGGUCUAUAUGAUAAAAACAACGCCUCAUAUCACUGUUUCAGAUGUGAUGUAUAAAAAGUAUGAAAUGUUGGUUUACACCCCGGGGGGGGUACUCCCUAAUAUGGGCUAUAUAGGUAUGUGCGGCCCCAAAGGGUAGGGUUUUCAGCCGUUUUGGUCAUAAAUUGGGUAUCGAUUUUGGCUAUUUUGCCGCCAUUUUGGUCAUAAAUAGGGUAACGAUUUUUACACUGUAGUCUUGAAUGCACUUUUUUAGAAGAAGCUACUUCCUUAUCAUGUCCCCCUAACCUAAUAAAAGCAGAUAAACAUUGCCUUUAACAUUGGUCUGAACUAGGGAAAUAAUUAUAAGGCAGGUCUGAAACAGGGUAUUGAUUUAAGGGUCAGGUCAUAAAUAGGGUAUCAAAUUUUUGGUUUGGUCAUAAAUAGGGUGGGGAAAAUCGCAGAUUUUGGUCAUAAAUAGGGUAAGGGUUUUGGGAAGCGGGCCGCACACCCCUACCCAAUUUUUCUGCGAGUACCCCCCCCGGGGUUUACACGCUCCCAGAGUUGUUGGCAAGUUUUUGUUAAGUAAACUUGUCGAAAGCAAAAAAUUCGGCCUGAUUUGUUUUCCAAAAAUUCGUUUUCCAGGCCUAAUCUACUGUGAUCAAGAGCCAUUAUGGCUCUAAAAUGUGAUCGAAGAUGAUUGCUAUUUUUUGGGUGUAUAUAUACGGCUAUCAAUUCGAUGUAAGAUUUUUUUUUCACUCUAAAAUCACUUAGCCUUAGCUUUCCCUUAAAGUUAACUGAUUUGUGGAUUACAAGUUUAUUGUUUGAUUUAAAUUAUAAAUUUAUUAAUGGGAGCUUCGCUUUUAGCCCUGCCUAAAUCUAUAUAUUAUACUUAUAAUGUAUGGGGGAGGGAAACAAAGAUAUGGAUAUUCGAUUACAUUUUCAACUUCCUACAACUAAAACUUACGGCGUAAACCUUGUUAUCUGGCGAGAAAAUAAUUAUUUCAUUAUCUUUGUAAACAAAGUGAAUACAAAUAUCUACCCGGGAACUAGCCAGAAAAAAAUAUUCAAAUUAUUUGAUUUUGUUUAUUUGAUAGUUUUAUCUUUGUAAACAUUGAAACCUGAAUACAAAACCGGGCCCGUUAAUUAUCGGGACUUUCGAGAAACGGGCCCCAGAUCCCUAGAUUUUCCCUUUUGUUUCCUGGCCAUGUGUAGCAAUUUAUUGCCGCUCGAUCAGUCUUAACCGUAAAUAAUCCCCUGCAUGCAACAUUCGGUGGCCUUUAGUACAGAGUUCUAAACUAAGGCUACUCUCAGCAUUCCACUGGAAGUUGUUAGAUUAAGCUUCAAGUGAAAAAUGACGUUUUUUUAAUUAUGGAUAUUCGGAAAAAGGAAAUUCCAAGAAAUUCCAAGACAUUUUUUUGGGCUUUAUGGUUUUGCAGUGCCGGAUACGUUGUGUUUGGCUAUUUCUGGGUUCUAAUGUCGUAAUCUUAUACUUAUUUAAUGGUGAGGUUUAUAAACCAACACCUUUAGUAAAAUCAUUCUGAAAAAUAUGCCACACCAAAGCUGAAAAUGAAAUGAACUGUGACUCUAUUUCAAACUGUCCUUAUCAACACCACAAGCAUUUAGCUCAGUAGGUACAUGCAAGAUACGAGAAAUCCAGGGAGUGAAUCCCUUGCUAGCUGAGUAAUUAUUAGAAAGGACAACAAAAACCUGAGUGUCGAAGCUUACUUCUAAUUCUCAGUGGGAUGCAUUAAUUUGAUUUUGCAGCUGGGGUCUCUCUAUAGGCAAACCGUUAGCAAUUAAGAACUCACCUUUAAUCCUUGAACCGUAACUUUUUUGCUUUUUGUUAACAAGCUAUAAAGCUGCUGAAGUAUUUUUUUGCAGUCAGAAUUUUACAGUUAGUGGCCUGUGGGAUAUAUUAAGUCUCUCCUUUCUUCCGCAGUAUGCUAUCUGCCAUUUGCAGCUAGUGUAGCCAGGCUUUUCAUGCAAAACGCUUGACAACAUUCUUCACCCAGUCAUAAAAUCGUAAAUGCACUGGUUGGAAUGCCAUCCUAAGUAUUUUUCCAAGUGUUAGCACUUGGUAGCACAACCGCGACCCCAUUCAAGACAUAUAAAUAGAAAUUGCUUGUAAAUAGCAGAUUAUUAUUGUUAACGUUAGAAUAAAAUGGGGUCCAUUUCAACAUUCCAGGUAAAGCCAUGGAAGGCAAUCAAAGUGAGGAGCACAAUUCUCAAAGGCUGGUGUGCGAAAAAAUAGACAAGCAAGAUCAGCUUUCCACUCUUCUGUCAAAGGCCCGUGAGCUUCUUGUCAGCAAAAAGCAUUUCAAAGAUUAUGAGCAAGCAGCAGAAUUACUGAAACAAGCAUUACCCAUGGUCCAAGAAACAUCGAACAAAGGUAUAGAGGCGGAAAUUUGCGGCGAACUUGCAGAACUGUUCCUUUUAAUGAAUAGUUAUGACACGUCUCUAUGCUAUGGGCAGAAGUGUCUUUCCCUUUCUAAAGAGGCUGAUCGUAAAGAUCUUGAAGCAUUAGCGUAUUCCUGUGUUGGAAGUGCCUAUUCCAAAUUAGGAGACUUGCGAAGGGGCCUUGAAUGUCAUAUGAAGUCCUUAGAUGCUAAUUCUACGACUGGAGACCAGAGUCAAAAGUGGAAAUGUCUGCAUAAUCUAGGCACCACCUUUACAGACCUUGGUGACCACGCAAAUGCCACAAAAUACUUUAAAGAAAGUCUUACAGUUGCUACCGAAAUUGGCAAUAAGAUAGCAACAGCUGAGUCCCAUGGUGGUCUGGGUAUCGUGUUUUACAAGACGGCGCAAUACGCAGAAUCCAUUUUCCACAACGAGAAGCAUCUGGCGCUGGCCAAAGAAGUCCAUAAAAAGAGAAGUCAGGCUAGGGCUUGUGGAAAUCUUGGCAGCGUUUUCUUAUCCAAGGGAGAUUAUGUCAAAGCCUUUGCACUAUAUCAAGAGCAGCUCGAAAUUUCCAAAGAAACCGGAGACAGGUCUACCGAGGGAAAUGCAUUAGGGGCUCUUGGCAAUGUCUACCAUUGUCGUGGUGAAACAAGAAAAGCGAUUCGAUCUUAUGAAGCCCAACUGUCUAUCGCAAACAGCCUGAACGACAAGGCAGCACAGGCACAGGCCUUUGGAAGAAUCGGAAGAGCGCAACACUCCCUUGGAGAAAACAGAAAGGCGCAGAAAAAUCUUGAAAAGCUACUGCAGCUGUCGAAAGAAAUUGGUGAUAAAACCAAUGAGGGCUUUGCGUAUGGUUUCCUUGGAAACACUCACAGGUCUUUGGGCAAUUAUGAAGAAGCCAUAAUCAUGCAAACGAAGUUCUUGGAAAUUUCAAGGUCGAUAGGUGACAAGGCUGCAGAAGGUCUUGCAAAUGCCUACCUGGGAAGCAUAUACUAUUCUCUUGGAGACUUUGAAAAGGCGUUACAACAUCGCCAAGUCAAUCUCGCAAUAAAUGAGCAACUGGGGGAUAAAGGCGGAGAAGGAAGCUCGGUUGAGAAGUUAGGCCACAUUUAUUUCGCGCUUGGAAAUUACAACAAGGCAAUCGAAUGUUACAAGAACAGCCUCAGCAUCGCCCUAGCUAUAAGAGACAAGCAUCUUGAAGGUGCCUCGUACGCCAAUCUGGGAAAUGCUUUUCGGGCCCUUGGAAUGUAUUCAGAAGCUGUGACGAGAUACGAAAAAGCCGUGCCUUAUGCUCAAAAAGUCGGAGACAAGCGUAUGGAGGGUCAGCUGCUUGGAAAUCUAGGAGGUGCUUACAAUCGAAUUGGAGAUCACCAAAGAGCGCUUAAGUACCAUUUGAAACAUCUUUCACUUUGUGAAGAGUUGGAGGAAAAGCAAGGAGAAGGAACCGCCCACGCCAACAUUGGGAUGGUCUAUUACAGCACGGAAAAUUUCAAGGAAGCCAUUAAACAUAACAAAAAGCAAAUUUCUAUUUCGCGCUCAAUAGGAGAAAUAGAUGGUGAAAUGGCAGGGUACCUAAAUCUUGGAAGGAUUUACUGGAAAUUGGAUAAACUGCCAGAGGCCAUUGAAUGUCAGAAAGAGGCUUUGCGUUUCGCCAAGAAGAUGAAAACCCUAGACAAGGUGGGUUCCUGUCACUAUGACCUUGGCGUUUCGUAUUCAAAACUGAAGAAGUUCGAAAUGGCCUGCAGCCACUUGGAACAAUGCACUGAAUUGUAUGCGGAAGUAAGAAAGCUUCUCUUUGAAAAAGAUAUAUACAAAAUUUCAUUAAGUGACGUGCAGGCCCAUGCUUACCGUCUCUAUACCCUGUGUCUUCUCCAGCAAGAUAAAGAUGAAGAAGCAUUACUAGUCAUCGAGCGUGCACGUUCCGCAGCUCUUGCUGACAUGAUGGUGGUGUCAUAUCGUCUACAUGGUCCUAAAGACGGGAAAAGAGAGGUCCUCGGUGGAGGAAGCAUGCGUGAAGUCGUUUCCCGUGUAGGAGGACAGGUAUUCUAUUAUGCUCUGUCUGGAAAGGGAAAGGAAAAUGUGUUCUUAUGGAACCUACAAUCAAAUAGCGCUCCAAAUUUCGUGGGCGAGGUUACCGACUGGAAGAGUCUGUUAGACGAAGCACUCGUUGAAAUCAGCAUUGAGAGUAAUCCAGCAAGAUGCGAAGAUCGCUCAUUACCAUCGAGACAAAACCGACGUAUUAUUCAGAAUCAAGAGAUCGACCAAGAAGUAAAAAAGGUAGAUGAAGACCUGUUGUGCUGCCUUCCAACUAAGCGCAUCACCUCAACAGAUCGAUCAAGUGUCUUGGGAAAACUCUAUGAUGUAUUAUUUCGUUGGAAGUCACCUGAUCAAGAAGCCACAGAUCUUAUCAUUGCUCCCGAUGCAGAGCUCCACAGGAUUCCCUUCGCAGCCCUCCGAGAUGAAAACAACCAAGCCCUCGCGGAGAAACAUAGAAUCAGAGUAUUACCAUCGUUAACAAUCAUGAAAGCGAUUUUUGAUUGUCCAGCCAAUUAUCAUAAUCAGAAGGGAGCUGUAAUUGUUGGGGAUCCAGAUGUUGGGUCAGUGUUAAUCAAAGCAACACAGGAAACAGUGCCAAUCACACGACUGGAGCAUGCCUACAAAGAAGCUGAAGAAAUUGCCAGAAUGGUUGGAGUUAAUCCCCUUCUGGGAGAGGAAGCUACAAAAGCUCGUUUCCUAGAAAAACUAAGGACGGCGGCGUUAGUCCAUAUCGCAGCGCAUGGAGACUCUGAGACAGGCGAGAUUGCAUUUGCUCCUCCUCCAAAAAAGCGGAAGCUAUUACUUGAUGAGGAGGAUGUAUUUCUUACAAUGGCCGAAGUGCAGAAAGCCAAAGUGCGAGCCAAACUGGUUGUUCUCAGCUGCUGCCACAGUGCAGAGGGACCCAUUCGUGCCGAAGGUGUCAUUGGAAUGGCUCGAGCGUUUCUUGGUGCGGGAGCGAGGUCAGUUCUAGGUACCCUCUGGGCCAUUGAUGACAACGCUACCCUAGAAUUCAUGCGCAACUUUUAUAAGCAUUUAAAACUCGGCGAAAAGGCAAGUGAAGCUGUUUAUCAGGCCACAGCUGCUCUGAGACGCUCGGAAGAAUUCCAAUCCCCAUUUUACUGGGCCCCCUUUGUCCUCAUUGGAGAUGACGUCACCUUUGAGAACUUUGAACAAAUGUAG